AUUUUAAAAUCGCUUUCAUUGUGACAGUUUGUCGUACGGUUUUAAAGGUGCCGCAAGUGUUGUGCGUGCUGGAAGUGAAUUGUGAUUGUGAAAGUGGCUUUAAGGCCGCAGCAGCAACGCGUGGAAUUGAAUGUGAUAUAAAAUUUAAAUAAAUACAAAAAUUGUUGAAAAAUUCCAAAAAAUAUUUGCAUAUAAUUUCAAAAUAAUAGAGCGCAAAAAUGGCAUUAACAACGGCAUUUAGCAGAUCUUGUCUGCAAUGGGCGGUUAUCGUUUUCAGUACGCUGAGUUUGAUAAUUGGCGUACUCUCAGUGGUUGCCUGCAUUUUCGAAUUGGAAAAAUUCACAGAUAGCUCGGCAGAGUACAGAGAAAAGCUGGUGCAGCUGGCAGCUGUCAGUUUGUUGACGCUCUCCUCAUUUGUGGGCUGCCUAGGCGCUGUGAAUGGCUCUGUGCGGAUACUCUGUUGUUACAUUACAUUACUAAUAACGCUAAUAGCAUCGCAUAUAUGGAAGCUCCACCGUUACAACGAGGAUAAACAGAUGACAGCAACAGAGAAAAUACUAACCAGCGCCUGGAUGUCGGAGCUGGUGAAGAAAGGCGCCAUGGAUCCAAUACAUGAGGCGUAUGAAUGCUGUGGCUUUACGAAUAGUUUGGAUUAUGUGAAUCACAAUAUGAAAAUACCACUCAGCUGUUAUCGCUCAGAAGGCGGUUUGCGCAGCAUCUAUCCCUUUGAGGAAGGCUGUUUGGUGGCGCUAAAGCGUUCUUAUAUGUCCAUUUAUCGCUAUGAGCGUUUGGGUCAUUCGCUACUUAUUGGGUUUGAGGUCAUAGGCAUAUUGAUAUCACUCUUGCUGAUCUGUAAACUGCUGACCAAGUCACGUAGAUAUAGUUACUAAAUUAUUGUUGUUUUUUUUUUUAAUUAAUUAUACGUACUUAUAUAUAAAUAGUAGUUUAAGUAAAUAUAAAAAUAAGUAAUAACAUGUAAAAUAGUUAUAUUAUAAUAUUUAUAUAUCAAACAAUUAGUUAUACAAUUUUAAUUUAAAGCUUCUCCAGUUAUGUAAAUUUUUUUCGAGGUUUCAUUUUCUAUUGAAAACUAGGCUGACCACGCAAUAGACGGAAUUUAAUUUGUUGACGCCAAAGUACUAACUAAAUUUUAAGCUUUCUGUUAUGGUAUAUGAACUUGGAGUAGUUAUCAUCGAUGCACCACUUCUCUGCUCGCUACCUUUGCGUUCUGCUCUCUUGUCCAGUUGGUUUGAGUAGUUGGUUCGAUUCGCCACUCUUCAACGCCUAACGAAUCGAAGAAUGCUGGUAUAAUAAUACUCUUCAUUUGCAAAGGACUUCUCGGGGAUUUUAUGAAUGUCAAGAUGUAUUGCAACAAAGUUGGCGAGUAUUUUAAGGUACAGAGUGGGGUUUUCAAAAAGGAUGCUACGAAUCCAACAACGAGUCGAAAUUAUUAAAAUUUACUACCGGGAUUCGGAGUCAGUGGCCUCAACUUUGAGAGCGUUCCGUCCAAUUUAUGGUCGUCAUAAUCGUCCUGUCAGAUCAACAAUUGUGUAUCUAGUGGAAAAACAAGAAACGUCGUAUGUUCGUGAAUUAGGCUGAGCAAUGAGGAUCAUUUCAGCGAUGAGGAUCAUAUCUGGCUGAAUGGAUUGGUCAAUAAUACUACAUGAGUCACCUUGCAUACCGAAUAAAUUUCGGUUUGGUGCAGUUUGGUGGAGUCAUUGCGCCGCACUUCUUCCGUGAUGAUCAAGAUCGGUACGUUACUGUGAAUAGGAAUUGAUACCGCUCAAUGAUAACCGAAUAUUUUUGGCUCGAAUCGGAUGAUAACUUGGACAAUAUGUUGUUCCAACAGAACGGUGCUGCAAUCAACAUAGCGUAUGUCAAAAUCGAUUUAUUGAAAACCAAGUUUGGCAAAGUAUUAUCUCACGAAAUGAUCCAAUCAAUUGGUCGAAUAGGUCGUGCGAUUUGACGCCGUUAAACUAUUUCCUGUGGGGCUACAUCAAGUCUAUGGUCUAUGCCAACAACCCAGCGACGAUUGAUGAACUUCGUAGGAAUAUCGAACGUGAAAUUGCAGCAGUAUCGUCCGAUUUGUGCUUGAAAACCGUCGAAAACUACUUAUUUGAUUUUUCAGAAAUAUGCUUCACAAUACUGGAAUAAAUAAACCAAAUGUAUU